AUGGAGGGCAACGGCGCCAGCACGUCGACGGAAAGAGCAGGACGGUUUAUGAGGAUUGCCCCUCGUUUGUGGAGCGAUACCCCUCAUGGCGCCGUUCACCGUGCGGUGGAGGCGCAGCCCCAACCAGUGUGGCGCCAGCUGUGGCAGCGAGCUUUGGCGAACGGCGCACUGCGGCCGGGCCCGUCCUGUGUCGUAGCGGAUACGUCGGAGCAAGAGGUAAGCGCACAGGGAAAAGAAGGCGCUAUUAUUGUGGCUGCGUUUGUACUCAGCAUCCCAUUCAUUGAAUGCCCGUGCGCCGGAAAAGAAGAGGCCGUAGAGAGCAGCGCGGACGUGUCCAUGCGGCGCUACGUGUGUGUCUCGCUUGGAUCAGGCUCCCGGUGCCUUGCGGCUCAAGAUGCGCCCGCGUCUGAUGACGGCGAGAAAGUGAGGCGACUUUUCGAACUGCGUGACGGCCAUGCCGAGGUGAUGGCGCGUCGUGGGUUUGUCGCGUUUCUGCUUGAGAUGGCCGACGCGAGCGCACGCUGCACGGGCGGCGCGUACGCUGACCUUUUUCUACGCCGAUGUGGCGGGGACGGCAAUGUAGCUACCGUGGCCGGUGUUUCGAGCUGCCCGAAGUGGGAGCUGCGAGAGACGGUCGCAGUGCACCUCGUCUGCACUAGGUGGAUGUGCGGCUCUCUGGCUGCCGUGGCGGGAAGCUCAGGCCGUAGCGGGCACCUGCUACUGCAGGCCGCCUGUGGCUGCUGGGUCGACUCCACCGUGCAGGUGGAAGCUUUAGCAAAGGAGGGGGAGCGUGCCUCUUCCACUGUCACGCAUGUUGGUCGCCACGUUCUGGCUACUCACUACUCAUCGCUCAACGGGGCCACGCAGCUCUUGCAUGCUGCGCGCGUGAAGCCCGGCAAAGGACUUGCAAACCUCUCGAUGUCGUGCACCGAUAAAGUGUGGCGGUGGUGUGUGCUGGGUGUGCAGGGUCGUCGCCGAGCUUCUCUUUUCCCUGUACCGAUGCGACUGGCUUCGAUACACGUUCUGCAUACCUCGUUUUCGGACUUGGGGGGCUUGCAGACAGCGGUGAACAAUGCGGCGGCCACGUUUCAGUGGCGAAAUCGCAGGUGGUGGUCUCACGGAGAGAGAGAGGUGGCGUUGCCGCAGGCACCAAAGUUUUCCUUCUUUAGCGGCGCCGAGUUUGCCGCUACACGUCCGAUGACAGCCGCGAAGUCGCACGAUGUCGGUGUCUCCAAUGACAGCGGCUACUCGCGUAGUCGAUGGCUGUGCGUCAGUUCUUUGGUGGGUGACCGAAAGCGUAGUCGUGACGAGGAGGCGGAGGCGUCGGCUUUCGGCAGUGUUACGUGCAGCUGGCCGUAUCCCCUUACUGCAGGCGACCAUAGCUGCUCUCUCGUCCUUAACACGAAGGCUGGGCUCCCCCAGGGAAUGACAGGGCGUGCGCUAGUGCGACGCUGCAGCACAUUGUCGGAGAUACCAUGGCAGCAGUGUCCCCUCUCCCGUCCAUGGAUGAACCAUCGUGUACAGCUGCUACUGGGGCUCGGCAAAGAAAAUGCGCUGGUCUGCCCCUCCAUGGCGACGAAUGUGGCUUCGGCAUCGUAUGCACCGGCUUCGAUUUACGAACGUAGCUCUCCCACGAUCACGGAUGACACCGAUCUUUCCAUGAGCCAGCGGGUACAUCGGUACCACCUGCAGCGCUCGGGCACUGACGGGGACUCCAUACGACUUCUCUGGGCAUCAUCACAGAUCAAUUUUGAUCAUCUACUCGAAGCCGCUGAGAGCUGCAAAGGUACGCCAUGA